CAUCCAUCCCUCUGGUCCGCUUUCCUUACGGACCCCGCUGUGUGCGUGCAUUCGCAUCUUGCUUGCCAAGCUCGCCGAGUCUCGCAGUACGGACAUUAGCAGCGAUAGGUACCCUAAACCACCCUAUUCUCCAAACGUACGUGAGCUUCGUUGCGGACACCACCGUAAAUGACCUCGCUUGUCUAGCCUUACCUGCAGAGCAUUGCCGCCGCCGCCGUUUGUUGGAUGGCCGGAUUGCUUGGUGGUGGAUAAUUCCCUUGCCACUCGAGUGCCUGUAACCCCAUUCUCUACAACACGACUUUGCUCGUAAUUCAACUCUACGUCAACAUACUUAAUUAGGAGGGGGAGAGAGUGGCGUUUGCUGGGCUUGUUGCCUUCAUUUCUCCUAGCUGCUUCCACACUACUUUCGCCGCUUCUUGGUACCUUCUCACCCCAACUCCUGCUUGUACGCCACCACCGCCGCAGACCCGACAAGUCGAGGAUUCCAAGGGCUGAGAAUUGCUCGUAUCUCUCUCCCACAAUCACACUCGGUUGCACAUCUGUACCUUCCGACAGGUCAGCAACGGAAUAGAGCUCUCGACUCUCCUUUUCCAGCCCCUGCCGCCGCUCGUUGUCCACAGCGAGCCGCCGGCCGGCCCAGCACCGCAUCGCCAACCUCGUCACUAGGCACAAUUGCAUCCCCCGGCAUCUCGAUACUGCACCGCACGUCCCCCUCAAUCGAGGCGUUGGUCACCAUCGAAUCUUCCUUCGCUGCAAAAUACCCCCCAGCCACCCAGUUCUUUCUCUUGUUCCCUUCACUACUUGGACUGGUGUCCGCUUUCUUAUCAACCAAGGCUCUCGUCCUCUUGCGCUUCCACCUCAUGCCAAAUAUCAGGCACUGCGGACUUUUGAGCCUCCGGCGAGGUCUCGUCCUGCUUGCAACGACGUGGGACUUUAUAGACUUCUAGGUCUUUCUACCUCUCCUAUCCAAGCAUGGAUGCCCAGUCCGACAUACGCCGGCCUUCCGUGUCUUUCGCCGACCGCUCCUCGACAGGCGAAUCCUCCGAAGCUACUCCUGUCGCGAGCGUUCACUCCAAUCCCAUCGCGCCACAGCUCCCAAACCCUUCUGCUGCUGCGACGCCGAGCUGUUCGUCGUCAUGGAGCGCCAAUUCCGACCGCCAGCUUGGUCAUGGUGCCAGCCCCGAUCCGACAGACCGAGUCUUCCCCAUCCGCUCCGUCGUCAGCGUUGACCGCACUGGCAGAACCUCUGGUGAACACGACUACUUCCCGCGAGUACCUGAUCAUGGCCAGUAUCAGGCUCCCCGUCCGGGCAAUCCCCGUAUCGAUACCGCCGCCUUCGAAGCCGUUCCUCGCCGCGAUUCCGCCUCCACACUGCUUUCCAACGUUACCUCGCCAAGCGAUCGCCAGGGAAUUCAAACGAGAAGGAAAAUCGUUGGGUCUGGCCCAAUAUCCAGCGUUCAGGCGGAUGCCGUCCGUCACGCCAGCUCGCAGCCACUUGACAUUUUUCAGGAUGUUGCGUCAGAGGGAGAGGAUGACUCGGCACAAGGUGAUGAUUCCUCGCAACAUCAAACAUCUGUGUCCACUGGCGCGCUCGGUGAGGCGGGCAGCGAUGUCCUGCUGACGACGCGGUUAAAGUAUGUCAUGACGGACGAGGGCCACCAUGUGAUUACGGGCACCGACGGCGUGCUCCAGCGGUGCGAGGACGAGCCCAUCCACACCCCUGGCGCUGUUCAGGGAUUCGGUGCUUUGGUGGCCGUUCGCGAAGAAACCGACGGCCGGUUUUCGGUCCGGUACGCCAGCGAAAACACCCAAAGGCUGAUGGGAUACUCGCCGCAGCACCUAUUCCGCCUCAACAGUUUCUUGGACAUUUUGAGUGAGGAACAGCAAGACAAUCUGCUCGACCACAUCGAUUUUAUCCGCGACGAAGAUGCUGACCCGGCUGUCAAUGGACCCGAAGUCUUCAGUCUAUCCAUUCGCCCACCCAAUAAGAAAAGUGUCAAGCUAUGGUGUGCCAUUCACAUCAACCCAGCGCAUCCCGACCUGGUCAUCUGCGAGUUUGAGGUCGAUGAUGACCAUCAGUUUCCGUUGAGACCGCCAGACGAGGUCACGCCAUUGGCCCCAGAAGACACGCUGCAGUCAAACCCCACAUCCGAGGAGCUGGUCGAAAGCACCGAGAUCUUGAGCAAACCCCUGAGAGUUUUACGGAGUGCUCGCAAGCGCAGAGGUGACGCUGGGGCUAUGCAGGUGUUCGAUAUCAUGUCCCAGGUGCAAGAACAGCUUGCGGGGGCGCUGAACUUGGAAAGCUUCCUCAAGAUCCUUGUUGGUAUCGUCAAGGAAUUGACUGGCUUUCACCGGGUUAUGAUUUACCAGUUCGAUUCGUCAUUCAACGGCAAAGUUGUCACAGAGCUUGUCGAUACCACGCAAACCAAAGAUCUAUACAAGGGCUUGCACUUCCCCGCCUCAGACAUACCGCGGCAGGCUCGCGAGUUGUACAGGUUGAACAAGGUAAGGCUCCUUUACGACAGGGACCUGGAUACCGCCCGCCUUGUUUGCAAAACGAAGGAAGACCUCGACGUACCGCUAGAUCUCAGCCAUUCAUAUCUCCGCGCCAUGUCACCGAUCCACCUCAAAUACUUGAAAAACAUGGCCGUUCGGUCUUCUAUGUCGGUCUCCAUAAACGCCUUUAACGAACUAUGGGGCCUCAUUGCUUGUCACUCAUAUGGCCGCAAGGGCAUGCGUGUAUCAUUCCCGAUCCGCAAAAUGUGUCGUUUGGUCGGAGACACUGCCUCCCGCAAUAUCGAGAGACUUUCGUAUGCCACUCGACUCCAGGCGCGGAAACUCAUCAAUACUGCUCCUACCGAAAAGAACCCUUCUGGCUACAUCAUUGCCUCUUCCGACGACCUUUUGAAGUUGUUCGACGCCGAUUUUGGCAUGCUUUCCAUUAAGGGAGAAACCAAGAUUCUUGGUGAUGUUGAGCAGUCGCAGGAGGCACUGGCCAUGCUCGAAUACUUACGUCUACGCGAGUUGACAUCCGUCGUCACCUCUCAGGACAUCCGCGAAGACUUUCCAGACCUACGGUACUCUCUUGGGUUUACCGUCAUUGCGGGACUGCUUUAUGUUCCCUUGAGCGUUGGAGGCCAUGACUUCAUCGUCUUCUUUCGGAAGGGCCAGGUCAAGGAGGUCAAGUGGGCUGGGAAUCCGUAUGAAAAGACGUUGCGCGAAGGUACGGCCGCCUACCUGGAACCCCGAAAAAGUUUCAAAACCUGGCAUGAGACAGUUCUCGGUAAGUGUCGAGAUUGGUCAGAGGAGCAAGUUGAGACGGCCGCCGUGCUCUGCUUGGUCUACGGCAAAUUUAUCGAGGUUUGGAGACAGAAGGAGGCAGCAUUGCAGAGCAGUCGCCUUACACGGCUGCUGCUCGCAAACUCGGCCCACGAAGUACGCACGCCACUUAACGCCAUCAUCAACUAUCUCGAGAUAGCCUUGGAAGGCUCUCUCGAUCAAGAAACCCGCGACAACCUCGCAAAGUCGCACUCUGCAUCCAAAUCCCUGAUUUAUGUCAUCAACGACCUGCUCGAUCUGACUAAGACAGAAGAAGGUCAGAAUCUAAUCAAGGACGAGGUCUUUGAUUUUGGAAUGUGUAUACGCGAAGCCACCGACCCGUUCACGAAUGAUGCAAAGAGGAAGGGCAUUGAGUAUCAGGUCAUCGAGCAUCCCGGUCUGCCCCAGCACGUUUGCGGCGACAGCCGACGGCUGAGACAAGCCAUCUCGAACGUCGCAGCCAAUGCCGUUCAAAACACCUCGACUGGAUCUGUGAAGGUUGAAUUAUAUGUCAGCAACGUCCUGGAUCGACGGAUACGCAUCGAAAUUGUCGUCGAAGACACAGGGAAAGGUAUGACUGCCAGGCAAUUGGACACCUUGUUUCGGGAUCUCGAGCAGGUCAACGUGGAGAUGGACGAGGACAGCUUCAUAUCAUCGACAGACUCUGAUCACGGCAAAGACACUAGAGUUUUGGGACUUGGCCUGGCCGUCGUUGCCAGAAUUGUUCGCAACAUGGACGGCCAGCUCCGACUGAAGUCGGAACAAGGGAAGGGGUCGAGAUUUGUCAUCCAACUACCCUUCGACCUCCCUGAAGACGCUCCAGCGCCUGUUGAGGGUGGCCAGAAGUCUGCCAAGUCGAACACAGCAUCCAGCGUGGCGUCUGUUACAACAGCGAUCAUGCCGGAUCCAGAUGGCGAGAUGAUGCUCAUCGAUAGAGGAAGCAAACUGCCCGUUGUCAAUGAGGCGGGGACUGAUGGGGGCUGCGCCGAGACACAGAGCUUAGAAAGCCAAAAGACUGCGGCCACGGGAGGUAGCAAGAGCAGUGGACGAAGCGACGCUGAACGCUUGAUCGACGCUAUAAAGAAUCCUCUUACGAUCGGGGAAAUCGACCCGAGUCGGCCAUCUGCUCAUCGACAAUACUCCAGAGAACACAUUGAUCGACCGACAAUGUCGAAGAGUAACGGUGCCUCGUCCUCUUCGGCUUCCAGACAAGUGCAGCCGCCGGUUUCGCGGCGGUUCAACCAGAACUCCUCGGACCUCUCCACUGUCGAACUUCCACACUCACCCGAAAUCGGCUAUACGAGCGUGACGGAUAUAAAAACUCCCAUCAGGGCAAUUAGAGUACCUGACGAAUACAGCGACCAACCGCCAAGGCCUCAGGCGAGCGACUCCUCUCGUGUUCUCUUUGAGGUCCAUGAUGGUUCCAAGGCCCUCGGAACAUCGGACGCUGGCACAGCAGGCACCGCCCCUAGCGCAGUCUCGGCGUUCGAGGACACCAAGUUGCAAGUACUCAUCGCUGAGGAUGACCCGAUCAACUCGAGGAUUCUGCGGAAGCGGUUGGAGAAAUCCGGUCACCAGGUCUCCCAUGCCGUAAACGGCGAAGAUUGCGCAACAGUUUACCGCGAGAAUUCCAAAUCCUUUGAUGUCGUCCUAAUGGACAUGCAGAUGCCAAUUGUGGAUGGACUCACAAGUACGAAAAUGAUACGAGCCUUCGAGAGGUCCAUUGAGCAUGGCGGACACUCCCCAAUAGCGUCUCAUAACGGCAGAACCCCCAUAUUCGCGGUCUCGGCAUCCCUAAUCGAGCGGGAGAGGGACAAGUACAUGGACGCCGGUUUCGAUGGCUGGAUCCUCAAGCCCAUCGACUUCAAGCGACUCAACACUUUGCUGCUGGGCAUUGUAGAGGACGACGUUCGCGCGACCUGCCUUUAUGCCCCAGGAAAGUGGGAGUAUGGCGGCUGGUUCAACAUUCGAGAAACCAAGGACAAGGACGGCAGCGACGAAACAACACCGGCGAUAGAGGAGACACCGAAGGAAACGACCCACCCUACACCAGAGACGGACGAACCAAAUUGAUAGCCUGACUCCAGAGCAUCAAGCCGUUUGGCAACUGGAAGCGUAACGUCCAGUCCGACGGCAUUGCACACUAUGCCUUUUUUACUUCUUUUCUUCUGGGCGUCAUUGAAGCAUGCAUGCCCACUAUGGUUAACGCUAAUCCUCAUUUGUAUGUCGGUAGCCCCCAUCAAGCACUGACUCUUCUUAAGCUGGAAAGAUCCGCAGGCAGCUCUGUCGUCACAUCGUGAUGGAGAGUAACAUACCAGGGAUGGCCGUUAAGAUGUCUUAUGAAGACGGAGUUUCGUAGUCCUAUUGAACGGAUGGUUUCCAAAAUCGGACAUUGGGUUUUUGAAGCGUGAUGGAUAGAUUCGAAUGGGGAAUGGAAAUGAUACCAUGGCAACAGCAUACGGAUUGCAUGGGAAAGGGGGGCCUGGCGGCCCGGGGGCUCCAAAGAGCUCGGCACUGGGAGGCGCCGUCGUUUGCAAAGUGUACAAAUCAUAUCUCAAGGUCAUCAACCUCAUAUACCACUAUGUGUUAUUCUCUCCUUUUCUUGAAGUACACGUUGACGAGUAUACCCUCGGUUCCUUUGUGUGUGUGUUUUACUG